AUGUCCCAUACUUGUAGAUACUUGAUCGUACUCAUCCUGGCCAUCCUUCUCUUCCCAGUAGCUUUCGGCCCCCGCCUCUUCCUCUCCUCCCUCCCGUUCGCCUCGCUCAUCACCCGCCGCACCAUGUCGUCCACGUCGGCGUACAGCCAGGAGCUGUACAUUGCCCAGCUCGCCGUCCAGCGGGCCUCCAUCCUCACCAAGCGCGUCUUCCACGAGAAGGCAAAGGGCACCGUCGACAAGAACGACAAGUCCCCCGUCACCAUCGGCGACUUUGGCGCCCAGGCCCUCAUCAUCGCCGCCCUCCGCCACAACUUCCCCGACGACGCCAUCGUCGCCGAGGAGGAAGCCGCCCAGCUGCGGACCGACGAGAACCUCAAGAGCACAAUCUGGGACCUCGUGCGCUCGACCAAGCUCGACGACGCCGCCUCCGAGCAGGCCCUCGGCGGGGCCAUCAAGGACGCCGACGAGAUGCUCGACCUCAUCGACCGCGGGAACAGCACCGGCGGCAACAAGGGCCGCAUCUGGGCCAUCGACCCCAUCGACGGCACAAAGGGCUUCCUCCGCGGCGGGCAGUACGCCGUCUGCCUGGGCCUCAUGGUCGACGGCGACGUCAAGGUCGGCGUCCUCGGCUGCCCCAACCUGCCCGUCGACGACAAGGCGCCCCUCGCCGCCGACAUUGGCUCCAACGGGACCGACGACGAGGGCCACGGCGUGCUCUUCUCCGCCGUCCUGGGGCAGGGCGCCACCAGCCGGCCCCUCGCCGCCUCCUCAGAGGAACAGGGCAGGGCCAUCUCCAUGCGCUCCAUCGACUCCCUCGCCGACGCCACCUUCUGCGAGAGCGUCGAGGCGGGGCACUCCGCCCACGGCGACCAGGCGAGCAUCGCCCAGAAGCUCGGCAUCACCAAGCCCAGCGUGCGCAUGGACAGCCAGGCCAAGUACGGCUCCAUCGCCCGCGGCGCCGGCGACAUCUACCUGCGCCUGCCCGUCAAGGCCACCUACCAGGAGAAGAUCUGGGACCACGCGGCCGGCGACCUCAUCGUCCGCGAGGCCGGGGGCCAGGUCACCGACAUCCACGGAAACAGGCUGGAUUUCGGGAUCGGCAGGACGCUGGCGAACAACAAGGGCGUCGUUGCUGCGCCUGCUGCGUCCCACGCCAAGGUCCUGGCUGCUGUACAGGAAGUGUUGAACGCUAAGCAAUAG